GCGUAGGAGAGCGAGAGAGUGCGAGCGAGGACGAGCCAGCGAGAGGACCGGCGGAGCCGAGCGGAGUACGCGACCGGAGCGAACUGGAACACCGGAAACCUCACGAAGGGCGAGCCACCGCAUACUAAAUCGAGAUGGUGACAACUACAGUGGUGGUGGUGGUGGUGUUGGCUACAAUGGUGGGGUUUAUUUAGUGACUGGAAGCUUGCUCCGGCCGAGAACGGCGGUACCAUUCCUGCCGUACCGCUCACCUCGCAACGAUACGUCUAUCUCGCCCAGAGAAGGUACAGUGACGGGCUCGGUUGAACGCGGCCACCUGUUGCACCAAUGUGUAGUCGACGCUGAACAGUUACGAUCGUGAGUCGGUCUCAAACACAAGUUCCGUUCGUCCGAUUACUCGUCGAGUGAACUGUAAGAUUGAUGAGAAGCGGUUUCAAGGCAACAAAUUUCUAAUAUAAUUUUUUGUGUGGAAUCAGAGAAACGGUGAUUGCGAAGACUGCAAAAACGAAGAAAUUGUUUGUCAACGAGCAACAACCAAAGAAACAUUAAACAAGGAAAAAUAUUGCUGACAGUGCCCGAACAGCAAGAAUGUCUACUUCGCUAAAAUUAGCAGAUGAUCAGCGGUUCGCAUUAAUGAAAUUUAGACGAUCCGUGCAAGAUAUUCUGCAACCACAUCACGAUGACCACUUUCUGCUUCGCUGGUUGAGAGCAAGAAAGUGGGAUCCUACUGCCGCCGAGAAAAUGUUGAGAGAUUCUCUGGAAUGGCGGAAAAAAUGGGAUGCCGAUAAUUUAUCCGAAUGGGAUCCUCCCCAAAUAUUUAAAGAUUAUUUACCUUAUGGAUUAAGCGGGUUCGAUAAAGACGGCGCACCAGUUAUCGUCGUACCGUUUGCCGGCUUAGAUAUGUACGGAAUAUUACACGUAACAACACAGAAAGAUUUCAUCAAAUUUACAAUAAAGAUUUUGGAUCAGUAUAUGAAAUUAGCCAGAGAACAAGCCAAACAGCAUGGACAAGUCGCUAAUCAACUAACGGUUAUCUUUGAUAUGGAGGGAUUUAAUUUGAAGCAAUACUUGUGGAAACCAGCAGGUGAAUUGGUUCUUAUACUUAUCCAAAUGUACGAGGCGAAUUACCCAGAAAUUCUAAAGAUGUGUUUUAUCAUUAACGCGCCAAGAGUUUUCGCUUUUGCAUUCUCUAUCACAAAGAGAUUCAUGAACGAAUAUACACUGUCAAAGAUAGAAAUACAUAAAGCCGAUCCACGGAAAUGGCAAGCAUCUAUAUUCAAGAUCGUGCCAAAAAAUCAGUUACCUGCACAUUUUGGUGGUACUUUAACGGACCCAGAUGGCAACCCGAGAUUUAUUUCCAAGAUUUGUCAAGGUGGUAAAAUACCAAAAGAUAUGUAUACCAAUAAUACAGAUAAGCUAAAUGAGGAAUAUACUACUAUCGUCGUUCGAAAAGGCGGAAAAAUCGAAUUUGAUAUUUCUGCGUCGGAAGUGGGCUCAGUUUUAAGCUGGGAAUUCCGAAGCGAGGAUCACGAUAUCAAAUUCGGGAUCUUGAAGAAAGACACAACAAAUGGCACAAUAACGGAAGUUGUACCUAUUCGAAGAGUUGCGUCCCAUCAAUCGGAGGAAAUCGGAAUAUUAAAUUGCGAAGCUCCAGCGACCUAUUCUAUUGUUUUCGAUAAUACAUACAGUUUUCUAAGGAAUAAAAAAGUUCAUUAUUCGGUACGCAUCUUACCACCCGCGGAAAAAAUAGAGCGAGGCAUGGCUGAGCAGACUGAGGCUCACACAUCGAACAUUUUUUAGUCGGCAGCGAGCGUUAAAAUCUCGGUAACGAGUAAGUUGUCCGUGUACGAUAUUUUUUUAUUUUUACCUUAGGACAUGAAAUUAAUAUUUUUCGAAUAUAAUAUAUUUGUUUUGCAUAUGUCUUUCGUUUUUAUGCUAUUUAUCAGAGAUAAUUAGGGAAGUGUCAGGCUUGUUUAAUGCAAACACGAAUAUAGAUACAUAAUUUGCAUUGCUUACAAUGAAAUUUUUAAUACAUAUGAAAAUAUUAUUGCUGAUGAUAAAUAGUGAGAAAGUAAUGCAUCACAUUAUCUCGAAUGUCCAAAUGUAUAUUUUAUCGCUUGUAAAAAAUCAGGAUAAUUGUAUAUUCUCGUUAUUAUACUUUCAACCUACCUAUAAAAACAAAUAUUGUACGGUAGAUAGAUUGUUAUAGAAAUAUUAUACUAAGAAUCAUUAAUAAUUACUUAUUAUCCAAUAUU